UGUUAUAUUGCAAGUCGAGGAGGGGGGUUGUGUGCAAAUCCGCUCCGAUGCGAAUCUAUUUGACCUGUGUCCGUGACCUUGCAUGGUGUCCGUGGCGAUAAAUAGGUGUGUUCUAGUGACCUUAAGGUGCGGAGAGGCGCGAAGGUCGUUAUGGAUACGGAAUUAAGGAAAUACUGGCCAGAAAACACCAGACACAUGGGAGGAGUGUGUGUGCUUGGAGGACCUGAGCCACCUCCACCCCACCCCUGGGGCUUCCUGCCCCAGGAGGAGGAGGAGGAGGAGGAGGAGGAGGAGGAGGAGGAGACGCGGGUGCCCCCCGGGGGACGUGACAGCGGUGACGACGAGCCCCCCGUCCUGCACCCCCUGGCCCCCAAGCCCCACCCCACCUACCACCAGCCACACCAGUCCCCACAGCAGCCUCCGUCACCCGCCCCACACCAGGAGCACCUGCCCCAGGACUGCCUGCCCCGCCCCCACAAGACACCGCCCCCAGCCUCCCCUGUCCAGAAGGAGCGCGCCCCUCACAGUUCCAGUACCCUUAUGAUGCAGCCAAGGGGACUGACGCCACCACCACCACCACCACCACCACCACCACCACCACCACCACCACCGCCACAACAAGGGUUAUUCAAGUGGGGGAACAUGCUUCAGGUGUUGCCCCAAGAUGCCUCAGCCCCGCAGCCCCACUCCGCCAUGAUAGUGCAGGCAGGGAAUGUCAUACAGGUUGUUCCAGCUGACAACAUGCAGGUGUUAGGGGCAGAAGUUGUUGGAGUUGGUGGGAUCAUGCAAGUGGUCGGGGUCCCAGGCUCUCCCAAACCAGCUCCCCAUCUGUGCCUAUGCAGUGUCUGGCCAGCCACUUGUGUGUUUUGGGGACUCAGACCAGCAGAUUCCCACUGUUUAUCCACUGUUUGUGUUGAUGCAGUGUCUGGCCAGCCACUUGUGUGUUUUGGGGACUCAGACCAGCAGAUUCCCACUGUUUAUCCACUGUUUGUGUUGAUGCAGUGUCUGGCCAGCCACUUGUGUGUAUGUAGGGGACUGAGACAAAUUUAUUUACUGUUCAGUGACCCGUUUGCAGGCACAGGGGUGUUGACGAGCUGGGUGUGCAGGAGACAGACAAUUAGAAAGGAGGCCACGUCGGAGGUGCCUGUGGUGGGGUCGCCAGUUCCGGAGUACGAGGUGGAGGAGGAAGAGGAAGAGGAGGACGAGGAGGAGGCACGGAUGAGGAAGAAGAAAAGAUCAUUAGCUGUAGCUCUCCCUCCAGCUGAUAAGGGGAUAUUAAUGAGGCCUUCCUACAGGUACUCUCCCAGCCGUGUCACAGCUGAUGAUGAUGAUGAUGAUGAUGAUGCCAUGCCCACCCCCAGCCUGAGCCACCCUCCACCCACCCCAGCCCUCACCAAGCCUCCUUCAGUACCCCUCCACACCACCACCACAACCACCACCACCACCAGCGACGCAACAGCCUCAUCUACCUCAGCCGGCCCACCCCCUGGCCCGACCCCCUCCCUGACAGUGGCCCCCCCACGGCAGGCAAGAAGAAGAAGGAGGAGAAAGUAUCAAUAAUCGUACAGAUUCGCGACGAGGAAUCCAGACUGAAACAGGCGCUGGGUUUAAAGAACAUAAUUUUCAACCCUUACGGUCCUGGCCUGGCCCCGAUUGCCAAGCUGCUGGACACCCCUGAGGAGCUGAAGCGUUUUGAGCCCAAGGGCUGCACCAUGAAGGUCCGGCCGGAGGAGAACGAGGCUCGGCUGAACAGAAACAAAGAACGGCGUCGCAGGGACAGGCCGGAGAGGGUCGACAGAAUGGACCGCCCCAGGGCAAAGGAGAGGGACAGACGCACGGACGCACAGGCCACGCAGGUCCGCUCCAUCCACCCACCCGUGCACAGAAAUGCUGGUAUCUCCACGUUGACAACUGGCCAGAGGAAGUAAGGACAGUACCUUGUGUCCCUGCCUCUGCUACCCCACCCCCUGCCCCGCCCCCUGCCCCAGCCCCCCGCACACAAGUCGGCCAAGUCCAAGUGGGACUCUGACACAGAAGAGCAAGUGGACGGACAGAAGUGAGGGGAGAGAGAGAGGAGGAAGAGAAGGAGGAGAGGAAGGAAAAUAAAAAUAUAAUCAAGAAUUUGGAGGAAGAGGAAGACCAGGAGGUACAGGUGAAGGAAGAGGAGGAAGAGGAAUAGACUAUCCCAGAGAAGAUGAAGGAAGAGGAGGAAGAGGAGGAGGAGGAGGAGGAGGAGGAGGAAGAGAAGGAAGAGUGAGGCAAAGGUCUUCCCCGAUUGUUUGACCGAAGAAUACGAAGCUUUCCUUAUGAUGGUGGAUGGAGGAGGAGGAGGAGGAGGAGGAGGAGGAGGAGGAGGAGGAGGAGGAGGAGGAGGAGGAAAAGAGGAGGAAGAGGAAGAGGAGGAGGAGGAAGGAAGAUGCAAGAGAGAGGUCACAUCACUAUAUAAAGAAGAGGAGGAAGACUACAUGAAAAUUGAAGAAGAGGAGGAGGAAAGAAGAAGAAAGAGGAUGAGAGAGGAGGAGGAGGAAGAGGAAGAGGAGAAGAAAGAACAGAAGACCCUGGAGAAGAUGAAGAAGAAGAGGAAGAAGCAAAUGAAGGAGAAGAGGAGGCAGAAGAAACUGGAAAAGAAGGCAAAGAAGAAGAGGAAGGAGAAAGAGAGGAAGAGGGUCAAGAGGAGGAGGAAGAGCAGUGAUAGUUCAGUACAAAUGGAGGAGGAGGAGGAGGAGGAGAGAAGACUUACAAGAGAUAAGAGGAAGAGGAAAUAAGAAUGGACUGCAAUAAGUGGCAGAGAGGAGGAGGAGGAGGACGAUAAACGCAUCACCUCGAGGAAGAAGAAGGAGGAGGAGGAGGAGGAAGAGGAAGAGGAACAAGAAGAGGGUAGAAGAUUCAGCAGACACUCGGAUAAUGGUGAAAGCCCCUCUUAUACUCCACCAAGAAGACUGCAAGAACAGGAGAAGGAAGAGGA